AAAUAGUGAAUAUAUAUAUACUAAUAAGAAUAAUGCAAGUAAUAGUGAAAAUAUUGUUGACUUGACCCAAAAUGAUACUAGUAAUAAUAAUAAUAGUAGUAAUAAUAUUGAUGAUUAUAGUGAUAAUGAUAAUGAUGAUGAAAAUGACAAUAGUGAUGAUAAUAAUAAUAAAGAUGAUUGUAAUAGUUUAAGUAAAAAUAAAGAUAAAAAUAAACAUAAUAAAGACUAUAAAAAUUGUAAUAAAGUUAUAUAUUAUGAUGAUGAGAUAGCUGAAUACAUUAAUUUAUAA